AUGUAUGACGGGCCUUCAAGGACGCAGCGAUACAGGAGGACCAGAUUCGUCUGCGUCUCAGACACGCAUAAUCAGACGCCCAAGCUGCCGAGGGGCGACGUCCUAAUUCACGCUGGCGACCUGACGAAUCAGGGCAGCUUGUCAGAGCUCUCCAAGACCGUCAAAUGGCUGGAGCGGGCGGACUUCGAGGCCAAAAUCGUGGUCGCGGGAAAUCACGAUGUUACGCUCGACAAGCAGUUCUACAAUGAACAUGGCUCCUAUUUUCACAAACAGACCCCACAGUCUCCAGAUGAGUGUCUGGAUUUGUUGAGAUCAUCCCCAUCCAUCACAUACCUGAACCACAGCUCGGCCACGGUUCAGCUCACCAGGUCACCCGCCCUGCCGGUCUCCUUCAGCGUCUUCGGGUCCCCUUACAGCCCUCGCAGCGGCAUGUGGGCAUUUGGCUACGACAAGACGACAUGUGCAGAGCAGGCUGCAGGAGAUGAUCUCUGGUCCGCCAUCCCACUCGACACCGACCUCGUCAUUACGCACACUCCACCGUGGGGCCAUUGCGACGAGUCCACUUCCAGACGGCGAGCGAUGGGCUGCGAGGACCUCCGGCGUGCCCUGUGGCGGGUUCGGCCCAAGCUCGCCGUCUGUGGACACGUGCACGAGGGACGUGGCGUCCAGCGUGUCCGCUGGGAUGUCCUCGGUACCUCCGCAGCCCCGUACGCUGAGCUAGGGUCCGACAGAUGGGAGGAUCCAGGAGCUGCACUGCUACAUGGCAGCAAGAAGCUGUCGCUGGUCGACCUGACCGCUCGGGGCGGCUGGAAGCGACCACUCGACAACGACGGCUCCCCGCUGAGGCGUGGGGCGCCAGCAGAGAGGCACCCACAGGACGGCUUCUGCAAGCAUCUUGUGGAUGGCUCUGUGACUACGCUGCCUGGAUUUGGCACGCGCGGCAUCGGUGGGAAUCCCGAGGUGUCUGUGAGAUGCGACAGGAAUGCCCUGUGCUGCCGUUUGGGUAGGAAAGAAACAUGUGUGAUCAACUGUGCGAUCGCUGCGACCAAUUGGCCUCAUGAGGGGGGAAAGAGGUUCAACAAGCCGAUUGUCGUGGAUUUGGACCUGCCCGUGAUGCAAGAUUGA